UGGCUGCACUUAAUCCCUGAGUGGAUACACUGACAAUAAAUAGAGAAACAUUAGUUUCUUUGCACAAAAUGAGCAGGUUACAUAUUCAGUAACCUUCAUGUGAAUCAUCCAAACAACUUCAAACACUUUUUUUAAAUAAGGAUAUUUCAAGUCUGGUCUUGGCCAAAAUGAGUGAAACUCCUUCUACCAGUUUUUCCAUGAUCCAUCCAACUUCUUCUGAAGGUCAAGUUCCUUCUCCUAAAGGUCGAGUUCCUUCCCCUCGCCAUAUGAGCAUCAUUCAUCCUGUUGUGGCCAAAAGAAUACGUUUCUACAAGAGCGGAGAUCCACAAUUUGGAGGGGUAAGGGUCGUGGUCAACCCUCGUUCCUUUAAAAGUUUUGAUGCUCUGCUGGAUAGCUUGUCAAGAAAGGUACCUCUACCUUUUGGGGUGAGGAACAUCACCACCCCUCGAGGAAGGCACAGCAUCACAUCCCUGGAGCAGCUGGAGGACGGUGAAUCCUAUCUGUGCUCCCACAGCAGGAAGGUGCAGCCGGUGGACCUGGACAAGGCCCGCCAGCGCCCACGGCCUUGGCACAGCAGCCGGGCCAUCAGUGCUCAUGUGCACCACUCCCCCGCUGCUGCUCUGGGCCUGCAGCACACCCCGCGGAGGCUUGCUGUUUUCAGAAACGGCUACCCGAAAACCCAGUGUGUGAUUCUUCUGAGCAGGAGGAUCACCCAGAGCUUCGAGGCCUUUCUGCAGCACCUGACAGAGGUCAUGCAGUGCCGCAUAACCAAGCUCUACUCCACUCAUGGAAGGAAGGUUCCCAGUCUCCAGGCCAUGAUGCUGAGCUCUGGAGCUGUGGUGGCAGCAGGAAGGGAGCCAUUUAAACCAGGGAAUUAUGACAUCCAGAAGUACUUGCUUCCUGGUAGAUUACCAGGGAUCUCUCAUCGUGUGUAUGCCAAGGGAUAUACUAGGUCAGAAAGCAGGAAGAGUGGUAACUGGAAAGUUUCCAUAAUCACCAGUGACUUGCCAAAUGCAGGCACCAGCUCACAGGUUUAUAUUGUACUAUGUGGACAGCAUAGAAGUUCAGCCCCGAUAUAUCUUUAUGGAACAGAUGGAGCUCGAUUUCAGAAUGGCCAUGAAGAUGUAUUUAAUAUCACGGUUGGAGAUACUGGAACACUCUUUAAGAUUCGUAUUGGUCAUACCAACUCUGGAAUCUCCCCUUCCUGGCACUGUAAACAGAUACAUUUGUGGAACAUGAAUUCUGGGAAAAAGUUUUACAUACCUGUGCAACGAUGGUUGGCACGAGAUGAAGAAGAUGGGCAGAUCUGUCGAGAACUUCCUGUUUUAAACAAAGGACAACUCACUCUUCCCGUGACAGUAUAUGAAGUGCAUGUGGCAACAGGUGAGCUUUGGAAUGCUGGAACAGAAGCAAAUGUCUACAUUUCUGUCUAUGGGAAAAAGGGAGACACAGGAUCUAGACAACUAUUUCGAUCAAAGAACUCCAUCAGUUUUUUAAGAGGACAAACUGAUACCUUCUCCCUAGAAGCUGUGCACCUCGGGGAUUUGUACAGGAUAGUCAUAGGACAUGAUGGGCUUGGCCCAGGAAAUGGUUGGUUUCUUGAUGAUAUUGUAAUCAGGGAUCCCACAAACAACCAUGAAUAUGCCUUCUUCUGUCACAGAUGGCUCGAUCAAGGGGAAGAUGAUGGUAAAAUUGUUAGAGAACUAUAUGCCACGGAUAACAGUAUUAUCUCUGCAAGACAGAAGCUAGAACGUAGUAGAAAAGAAACAUGGGCUGCAGAGAGCUGGAAGUUUAAGAAGGGAAAUACUCUUCAAUUCUACAGCAGGCUUACUGGAGGCUUUGUCCGUCUGCAUCCAGAUGGCACAGUUGAUGCAGUUGGAGAGAAGACAGACAAAUAUGGUCUCUUUGAUGUUAUUUUCAACAAAGGAAAUAUAUGCAUAUUCCAAAGUCAUGAAAUAAGGCAUCUUUCUCUUUCUCUUGACAAUAGCUUUGUCACUGGAAUGGCUAGCGGUGGUGCCACCACUGAGCUGCGGGUGCUUUACCAGUCUAACCGCUGUGCACUUCUUGAAUCCUCACUGGUUCCUGGACACACAGUUAGUUUUGACUUUCAUGGCAAAAUAGCUGCUGAAUUAUCAACAUGCUACAAAGACCUUUCAAAAGAACUUGUGAUUUUUGUCAAGGGUGUGUUCCUCAACAGUGCUAUACUUAUACUUGCUACGAGCCUUUGCCAGGCCCUGUGUCUCCAGCCGAAUGGGAGCUGCACUGGAGUGGGAAGCCAGUCUGAAAAAUCCUACUGGAAAGUGCAUAAAAUCAGUGCUGGGAUUUGCAUGUUUGAAAGUGUGAAAAAUGCGCAGAUGUAUCUGAGGAUUAAGGAUGGCCAGUGUGAUGGAACAGGUACAGGAGAUAUUGACUGCCAUUUUAAAAUUAAGAAGAACUUUGAAAAUGCAUCUGUAAGCCUGGAAUCUAUAAAGAGCCCAGGGUUGUUUGUUGGACUUCAGUCAGAUGGACAGGCAAAAGCAGUUAUUUACACCAAGAAUGGGAAUGUUUUCUUCUAUCCACAAGUCAUCAAAUUUGGCAGAGAAAACCCAAUGGGGAUGUCUGCAACACCCAGCCAAGUGGAGGAGAAGAUUCGGGAGUCAAAAAAACAGAAAGAAUUACCACCAGAAAAUGAGGCCAGAGGUUCCUUGCUUCCUUCAACUACAAAAGAAAUCAGACCUUCCCAGAGCAGCAAGACUCUGCUGUCAGAAGAUGAAUGGAAAGUGUUAGUGCUGACGGGAGACACAGGGACUCAAGCCAACGUCACACUCUGGGUGUAUGGAGAUGAAGGAGUCACUGGACCAAUAAGUCUUAGCAAGGACAGCCCAGAGCAGCUCUUCCUUCCAAGACAGGAGGAUGAAUUUCAGGUUGAAAUAAGAGACAUUGGAGAGAUAUAUAAAAUAAGGAUAGGACAUGAUGGAACCAGCAAACAGCCUGAGUGGAACUUGCAGAGGGUGACUAUGCAGCAUAUGAAGAGCAAGAAGACCCUAGAUUUUGCAGCAAAUGCGUGGUUAUCUCGAAUUCAAGCUGAUGGGGAUGUUGUUUGUGAGCUUCCAGUCAUAAAAGGAGGGCAAGCUAUUUUUCCAUUAGUGAGAUACCACAUUGAUGUCCACACUGGGCAAUUGAAGCAAGCAGAUGCAGAGUCUGAGGUUUACCUCUGUCUCUAUGGGGAAAGGGGUGACUCUGGUCUUAGACUGCUGUACAAAUCCAACCUGCCAGUAAAAUUUCAAAGAGGACAGACUGAUACAUUUCAAGUAGAAGCAGUGUCUCUUGGCAAACUGAAGAAGGUGCUGUUGCGCUGUGAGGCCAGUGACAAGUCACAGUACUGGUAUUGUGAAAAGGUCAUCAUCCGAGAACCUGGCACUACAUCUGAGUCCAUCUUCACCUGUGAAAGAUGGCUUCCCUUUAUGUCUCAAGGCGUAAUUCAUUCAGAAAUUGAACUUUAUCUUCAAGAAAUGCAAAUAAAUCAUCAACAAGAGGAAGCAAAUGAAGGAGAUUGGAAGGUGACCAUUGUCACUGGGGAUCUUGAAAAUGCAGGCACCUCAGCAACAGUAUCCCUUUAUGUCUAUGGAGAAGCAAGAUGUUCAGGUCCAAUUAUUUUAGGUUCUGGAAAACACCAGCUGUUUAACCCCAACAGUGCAGACAUAUUCAAGAUUAAUCUUAAAGGUAUUGGUGAAAUCUAUAAAAUACGUAUUGGGCAUGACAACAGUGGAAAUGAUCCCAGGUGGUAUCUGGAAGAAAUCAGACUUGAAAACAUAGACACAUGUGAGCUGUUUUCUCUAACUGUUGAUUCUUGGAUAGCUGAGAAUGAAAACAAUGGUGAUCGAUGGAAAGAAAUGCCCAUUGUGAGAUCUAAUAAAGCAUCUUUGCCAGUGGUGGUUUACAAGAUCUACAUACACACUGGCAGGAAGCCAGGUGCUGAGACAGAAUCCAAUGUAUUUAUCAACCUCAUUGGCUCCAGAGGAGAUUCUGGGAAUCGAAGCCUUCAUCAGUCCAAAAAUAACAAAGUUAAGUUUCGGCGUGGACAGGUCGAUAUUUUUUCCAUUGAGGCAGUGUCACUUGGAAAGUUGAAGAAAAUUCUGAUUGGUCAUGAUGGCACAGGUCCAGGUAAUGGAUGGUUUCUUGAAAGUAUUAUUGUCAAAUAUGAAGAGGAAGCUGGUGAACAAGAGGUACUGUUUCCAUGCAACAGAUGGCUGGAUGAGUAUCAAGAUGACGGCAAGAUCAAACGGGAACUGCUUACAGAAAGUAGCCACAGUUCAAUAGGAGAGACUGGAUCUAUGGCCUUGUGAAAGGGCCAACCUGUGUCUCUUGCUAUAUUGUGACUUCAAAAAAACUAUUGAUCUGAUUGUGAUAGUGUGUUUUCUCUAUCCUUGUACUAGAGCAAACCCCUGAGCAGGUUCACUCUGUGCUAGACACCAUUAUUGCUUUGAAGAACUUCAAAAGUUGGGAGAAGCACCAGGCAACAACUCACCAGGAUCAGCCUGUAUCUGAAGUGCACAUAUUGUUUCUUCAUAUUGUUUCUCCUCCUACUUAUUCCUUCUCCUCCUUCUUCUCCUCCUCUUUCUCCUCUUCCUCUUCUACCUCUUUUGUUCCUCCUCCUCAUCCUCCUUCUUCUCCUCCUUCUUCCUUCUUUCAGGGAAUGACACCUAACAAGUGUACUGAAAUGUUUAGGUAUACUUUGUAGAAGGUAACUGAAGGGUGAAAAACACUUGAUUAUGGUAAAACAUUUCUAUACAAGAUAUGUUAAUUUUAAAGUGGAAGUCUUAUUCUUAUAUAAGGGAACCUCUCUUUUAGUAUAGGUGGUAAUAUCAAGAAGAAAAGGAAAAUAAGAAGCAAUCACUUUGAUUCAAUUACAUUCCUACUACAUUUCGUGCUGGUUCUCGUUAACUUGGUCUUUUGGGAGUUGGGCACUGAGACUGCAGUGGACAGCAGCAGAGGGAACAUGGAUUGAGACAGAUCUUCCAUCAUUACCCACUUCCCUCAAUUAGCUUCAAAUACUUGUCAACUUGAUGCCACAGGUGGCUUCUUCCAAUCAUUUAAAUUGGAUAAAAUUAAAUAAAACCCACUUGCCAGCCUGGGACAAAUCAUGUGUGGCUUUGACAUUAAAGACCUGUGUUGAAUCUUGAUCCAGACACUGUGAGGCAUUUAACCCAAUGGUUUGACUUCAGACACUGUAUUCACACACAGAGUGACCCUUUACAUAUGUACUGCCUUCUUCCAUCUGUUUUAGAUAUCCUCUGAAAUCACAUAUUUGGUCCCAAAUAGUCAAAUUUUGCACACAAUUUCACAGUUUUUGUCACAUACUGGUAC